ACAGUUCCUCCCAGGAUCCCAGGCCCGGGGGAGGCAGGGAGGUGUAGGCCUUUGAGAUGGUGAAACCCUGACCAGAACCCGCGCACCGGCCUGCCCGGCCCCACCCCUCCCUGGCACAGGGUGGCACCCGGUGCUCUUUGCAUAAUCCUGUGGCUUCUCUAUCUUUCCCCCUCCGCGGCGGAGCGGCCACCAUGGCGACACUGCUCUCCCACCUCCAGCGGCGCCCUCCCCUCGUGCGCCAGGCCAUCAAGAUAAGGCGGCGCAGGGUCAGAGACCUGCAGGAUCCGCCCGCCCACAGCACUCAGGAGAUCGAGCCUCCAUCCCACCACCUGUCCCCUGAGGAGCGGGCCCUGCUCUACGAGGAAGCUCUCUACACCGUCCUGCACCGCCUGGGGCAGCCUGAGCCCAGCCAUGUGCGCGAGGCCUCGGAGCUCCUGUUGUACCUGCAGGAGGCCUUCCACAUGGAGCCCGAGGAGCACCGGCAGAUGCUACAGCGCGUCCAGAAGCUUGAGAAGCCAAUAUUUUGUCUGAAGGCAACCGUGAAACAAGCCAAGGGCAUUCUGGGCAAAGAUGUCAGUGGAUUCAGUGACCCCUACUGCCUGCUGGGCAUUGAGCAGGGGGUGAGCGUUCAGGGGGGCAGCCCUGGGUCCCGGCGUCGGCAGAAGGCUGUGGUGAGGCACACCAUCCCAGAGGAGCAGACCCACCGCACCCAGGUCAUCGAGCAGACCCUCAACCCUGUGUGGGAAGAGACUUUCAUCCUGGAGUUUGAGGACAUAAGCAGUUCAAGCUUCCAUCUGGACAUGUGGGACAUGGACACGGUGGAGUCCGUCAGACAGAAGCUCGGGGAGCUCACAGAUCUGCAUGGGCUGCGAAGGAUCUUCAAGGAGGUGCGGAAGGACAAAGGCCAGGACGAUUUUCUGGGGAACGUCGUCGUGAGGCUACAGGACCUGCGCUGCCGAGAGGACCACUGGUACCCUCUAGAGCCCUGCACCGAGACCUACCCGGACCGCGGCCAGUGCCACCUCCAGUUCCAGCUCAUUCACAAGCGGAGAGCUCCGGCAGCCAGCCGCUCCCAGCCCAGCUACACGGUGCACCUGCACCUGCUCCAGCAGCUGGUGUCCCAUGAGGUCACCCAGCACCAGGCAGGCAGCACCUCCUGGGACGGGUCGCUGAGUCCCCAGGCUGCCACCAUCCUCUUUCUCCACGCGACACAGAAGGACCUUUCUGACUUCCACCAGUCCAUGGCGCAAUGGCUGGCCUACAGCCGGCUCUACCAGAGCCUGGAGUUCCCGAGCAGCUGCCUCCUGCACCCCAUCACCAGCAUCGAGUACCAGUGGAUCCAGGGCAGGCUCAAGGGAGAACAGCUGGAGGAGCUGGCCGCCUCGUUCAGCAGCCUGCUGGCCUACGGCCUCUCCCUCAUCCGCAAGUUCCGCUCUGUCUUCCCCCUGUCUGUGGCCGACUCCCCGGCCCGGCUGCAGUCUCUGCUCAGGGUCCUGGUACAGAUGUGCAAGAUGAAGGCCUUUGGAGAGCUAUGCCCUGACAGCGCCCCUCUGCCCCGGCUGGUGACCGAGACGCUGAGGACUGGCACCACCGAGUGGUUCCACCUGAAGCAGCAGCACCAUCAGCCCAUGGUGCAGGGCUUGCUGGAGGCAGGCAAAGCCCUGCUGAGCCUGGUACAGGAUGUCAUCGGCGACCUACUCCAGUGCCGGCACACAUGGAACAAGAUCUUCCAGAACACACUCAAGGUCGACCUCUUCUCCAUGGCUUUUGUGGAGCUGCAGUGGCUGGUGGCCAAGCGGGUGCAGGACCACACAGCAGCAGUGGCGGGCAGCCCCGUGUCCCCAGAGAUGGGCGAGAGUCUAUUCCAGCUCUAUGUCAGCCUCAAGGAGCUCUACCAGCUGCGACCAGGCCCCACAGACAGGGAUGGAGUCCUGGCCCUGGAUGGCUUUCACCGCUGGUUCCAGCCCGCAGUCCCCUCCUGGCUGCAGAAGACUUACAGCGUGGCCCUGGCGCGGGUGCAGCGCGCGGUGCAGAUGGAUGAGCUGGUGCCCCUGGGUGAACUGAUCAAACACAGCACAUCUGCCGUGGACCUGUCCACCUGCUUCGCUCAGAUCAGCCACACUGCCCGGCAGCUGGACUGGCCCGACCCAGAGGAGGCCUUCAUGAUCACCGUCAAGUUUGUGGAGGAUACCUGUCGGCUGGCUCUGGUAUACUGCAGCCUUAUAAAGGCCCGGGCCCGUGAGCUCUCUGCAGGCCAGAAGGACCAGAGCCAGGCAGCCGACAUGCUGUGCGUGGUGGUGAAUGACAUGGAGCAGCUGCGGCUGGUGAUCGGCAAGCUGCCCGCCCAGCUGGCCUGGGAGGCCCUGGAACAGCGCGUCGGGGCCGUGCUGGAGCAGGGCCAGCUGCAGAACACGCUGCACGCCCAGCUGCAGGGCGCGCUGGCCGGGCUGGGCCACGAGAUCCGCACCGGCGUCCGCACCCUGGCGCAGCAGCUGGAGGUGGGCAUCGCCACGCACAUCCAGAAACUCGUGGGCGUCAAGGAGUCUGUCCUGCCUGAGGAUGCCAUUCUGCCCCUGAUGAAGUUUCUGGAAGUGAAGCUCUGCUACAUGAACACCAACUUGGUGCAGGAGAACUUCAGCAGUCUCCUGACCCUGCUCUGGACCCACACGCUCACCGUGCUCAUGGAGGCGGCUGCCUCCCAGCGGAGCUGCCGCCUGGCCUCCAGCAGGCUGAAGAUUGCGCUGCAGAAUCUGGAGAUCUGCUUCUACGCAGAGGGCUGUGGCCUGCCACCCGCGGCGCUGCACACAGCCGACUUCCAGGCUCUGCAGAGGGACCUGGAGCUGCAGGCGGCUUCCAGUCGGGAGCUCAUCCGGAAGUACUUCUGCAGCCGCAUCCAGCGCCAGGCGGAAACCACUUCUGAGGAGCUGGGGGCGGUCACAGUCAAGGCUUCCUACCGCGCCUCUGAGCAGAAGCUGCGUGUGGAGCUGCUCAGCGCCUCCAGCCUGCUGCCCCUGGACUCCAAUGGCUCCAGCGACCCCUUUGUCCAGCUGACCUUGGAGCCCAGGCACGAGUUCCCAGAGCUGGCCCCCCGGGAGACCCAAAAGCACAAGAAGGACCUUCACCCCCUGUUUGAUGAGACCUUUGAAUUCCUGGUGCCUGCUGAGCCAUGCCUGAAGGACGGAGCUUGCCUCCUGCUAACGGUGCUGGACCAUGACACGCUGGGGGCUGAUGACUUGGAAGGGGAGGCCUUUCUGCCACUACGCUCGGUGCCAGGCCUGACCGGGACUGAGGAGCCUGGCGAGGUGCCUCAGAUCCGCCUGCCCCUCACCUACCCUGCACUCAACGGGGACCCCAUCCUGCAGCUGCUGGAGAGCCGGAAGGGCGACCGGGAGGCCCAGGUGUUCGUGAGGCUGCGGCGGCAGCGGGCCAAGCAGGCCUCCCAGCACGCCCCAAGGCCAGGGCAGUAGCGGUGGAGGUUAGGGAUGGGGCUGGGUGCCCAGCAGGGGCCCGCUUUCCUGAAAGGUCUGGGCUCUCCCCACCAUAGUGCCAGCCCCCCAGCCUGGCCGAAUGCUCCAGAAGGGCCCUGCAAGGCUGGGGAACCCCAGCGGGAAGAUCCCCUCUGGUCCUUCUGCCAGAGCAGGGGCCCGCGGAGCUGGUGCCCGGACCCUGUUAGUAUUUAUAUUCCCUCCUUCCUGCCCUGAGGCCGCCUUCAGCAG